UUGUUACAAGCAAUAAAUUGUGCAUUUUUGACACUUUUAAAUGUUUUACAAUUUAGGAAAGAAAUAAACCAGAAAAAAUAAAUAUAUAAUAAAACUGAAAGAAAAUUGGGUUGCUACUUAUGAUCAGCUCCAAUGACCACACCUAUAAUUGGCGAAGGUGAAAAAUUAAUAACAACUGUUCUUCUAAAUGGAGAACGCCUUCAUGUGCGAGUGCACCCGCAUGCUAAUGGACAAAAUGUAUUUGACGCCAUAGUUGAACAUAUUGGCUUAAACGAAAUUACUUAUUUUGGAUUAAUGAUAAUAAAAGAUGGUGAGCAACAAUUUCUCAACUUGGACGACAAACUUAACAAACUAUCAAAAUAUGCUCCUCAUUUGUGGCGUGACGAUGGUAACUGCAACUCUUCUCUUGUCUUCACUGUGUUUUUUCGUGUGAAGUAUUAUGUGGAAAAUAUAUGUUUACUGCAGGAACAGCAAACUAGACAUCAAUAUUAUUUACAGCUACGGAAAGAUGUAUUGGAGAGCAGUGUUCGAGUUCAUGAUGAUACAUCAAUGGUGUUGGCCUCCUAUGCAUUACAAGCAGAGUUAGGCGAUUAUGACAGAAACAUUCAUGGCUUGGAUUAUUUUGUACCACAACAUUACUUACCUGCAAAGACGAUAGCAAAGCUUACAAUUCCGUAUAUCAAGAAUGCUUUGCCAGCCAUGCAUCAAUCACAUAGAGCUUUAACAGAAGGUCAAGCAGAAAUUGAAUUCCUUAAGGAAGCACAAAAGUUAAGUGAAUAUGGAGUUUUAUUUCAUCGUGUUUAUAAGAAAGAAUUUAACAAAAAGGUUCCCUACAAUCUUGGUAUUUGUGUUCGUGGUUUGGUUGUUUAUGAUGAAACUGGACCAAUACGAAAUCCUGUCUGCAAGCAUGCUUGGUCAAAAGUGAAAAAAAUGUCUUUUAAAAGAAGUAAAUUUAUUGUUGAAUGUGACAGCCCCAACCCACACCAUGCAAAGAUGAUGUUUUAUACAGCAAAUUACAAAAGAUCUCGAUACCUGUUAAAAAUUAGUUCAUCGUUUUUCAAUUUCCAAAUGAUGAUGGCCUCAAGGAUAGCCAUGUUGCCAGAAUACUUACCUCAGGAGGAUCCUUUACCACCACCAACGGUACCCAGUCUUCCAUCUGUACGGAUUGAAUCUGCUAGUAAUCAAGACCUGGUUGAUGGCGGAGACAUGCAAACAAGAUCAUCCAUACCAAAUUCCAGGGAACACGCUUCAACAACAGCUCCAUCAGUUCGAGAAACUCCAAAAUCAAAACCAAAGCCAAAAGCAGAAGUGAAGCAAUACACACUUGACCUGCUGAAAAGAGAUGGUAGUUUUGGAUUUAGCAUUGUUGGUGGUAUUGAAUUAGGUGGGAUCUUCGUAAACAAUGUGACGCCAGGUGGACCAGCAGCACAUUCUCAACAAAUAAACGCAGGUGAUCGAAUAGUUCAGAUCAAUAAAGAUAGUUUUGAAAAUGUGACAAGAAGAGAGGCCAUCAUGACAUUGCGAAAUGCACCCGAUAAGUCAAGAUUUAUUAUGGAGUCAUUUGGUCAAAAUUUGGUCAUUGAAGCAGAUGCGUGCAUGAUGACACCACUGGGUGUAUCGAAACAGUCUCUUGUAAUCAAUCAACCGCAAGUUCCUAUUCCACACACAGACAAAGCUGGUGAAAUUGUUAAAGUGGAAUUAGGGAAAAGAGACAAUAACUUUGGUAUUGGAUUCACAGGAGGUCCAGAACUGGGUGGUGUCUAUGUUAAAUCGUUAGUUCCUCAUGGAGCAGCUGAAGCUGAUGGAAGGAUAGCCAUUGGCGAUAGAAUUCUUGAAAUUGAUCAGAUUAAUGUGGAAAAUUUUAGCCGCAAAAAGAUUCUAGAAACUCUGAAGCAAUCAUCAGGAACAGCCAUUAUUCUUUUGGAGCGGUACAAACCAUUACCUGGCACCAGCGCCUUUAUGAAUAUUGAUCAAGAGAAAGUGCUACGUUCUAAUCAGAAUUUUAUCUCUAUCACAUUAAACAAGAAGAGUGACAGUCUUGGCUUCAGCAUUACUGGUGGCUUGGAACUUGGUGGGAUCUUUGUUAAAUAUAUUAAUCCUAAUGGUUCUGCUGCUAUGGAUGGAAGACUGGAAGUUGGUGAUAGAGUUGUCGCUGUCCAUGAUCUAAGUUUAGAAACAGCUACAAGACAAAAGGCGUUAGAGAUAAUACGCAAUGCUACAUCCCCAGUUAACCUCAUUAUUGAAAAGUGUGUUGCUCCAGGAAAUGGAACAGGUGAUGCUUCAAAACAAACAACUCAAAUUAUGCGCUCAGAUUCAAUAAAGUCAUUACCGAUAAAACGGGAACCCAGAUCCAAUAUUUUGCAUUCUCGUGGUGUAACUUAUUCGAUGCAGCAUCUCCCGAAUUCAGAAGCAGCACAUGACAUGAAUGGUAACUUUAGAGACAAGUCUGCUGGUGGUCAAAAAACAUCUGCAAGAAGAUUUUGUGUAAAUUUAGCAAAGCAAAAUGGUAGUUUUGGCGUUAGUCUUACUGGUGGUAUUCAAGUUGGUGGAAUAUAUAUCAAAGCGGUGCAGUCAGGCGGUGCGGCUGACCAGGAUGGCCAUAUAUCCAAAGGUGAUCGCGUGGUUGAAAUAAACUCUCGUAAAAUGGACGGCCUCGCAUGUUCUGAUGCAGUGGAAUGGUUGAAAUCGUGUGAAGUUGCAACACUUGUGUUGGAAAGAUUCUCACAUUCACCACAAAAAAUGCAGCCACAACAAUCAUCACAAUACUCAAGCUUCGAUGGGGACAUCAUAGAAAUUCAGUUAUAUCGUAAGAACAAUACGUUUGGUUUGAGUUUAUUGGGAGGUCCAGAGUUGAAAGGAAUAUUUAUCAAAAACUUAAUGGCAGGAGGACCAGCAACAACUGAUGGCAGACUUGCUAAAGGUGAUCGCCUGAUAGAAAUUAAUGGCGUCAACUUGGAUGGAUUAAGUCACCAUCAGGCAAACGAUCUAUUGAAGCAAGCGCCAUCUUCAGUAAAAAUAGUCUUUGAAAAGAUAUACAAUGUAGAAAAUAUACCAUUACUGGAUAUUGAUGAAUUCAGCGUGGAAAUACGUAAAGGUGAUGCUGGCAUUGGUGUUAGCUUAACUGGUGGACCUGAACUAGGUGGCAUCUACAUCAAAGGUAUACUUCCUGGAGGAGCAGCCGAUAUGAAUCGCACAAUCAUGAAAGGCGAUCGUAUCCUGGAAGUGAAUGGCAUAAGCAUGGACGGACUAACCAAGCAACAGGCUUCGGAUUUACUUCGAAAAGCUCCACCUAUCACAAAUCUGUUAAUGGAACGAAACGCUGCUUUCGACAAUCUUGUUUUACCUGAAUCGGAUUUCUUCACAGUCGAGUUGCAUAAAAAACAGUCCGGAUACGGUCUAAACCUGACGGGAGGACCGGAAAUCGAUGGGGUUUAUGUGAAACAAGUUCAAAGAGAUAGCGCUGCAGAUAAUGAUGGUAGAAUCAAAAAAGGCGAUCGUUUGAUCACUAUCAAUGGAAGAAACGUAGAAAAUGCAACUAGACAAAAGUGUACGGAGAUGUUGAAAUUAUCACAAAACAUUGCAGUGCUUCAUCUUGAGCGAUGUGUUGUUGGUGAUGAUCUUCCUCCUCUCGACACUGUGCGACCAGUGGUUAAAUUAACCAAAGGUGAAUCUGGAUUCGGAAUGAGUUUAACGGGUGGAACGGAGAUAGGUGGUAUAUUUGUAAAGGCGUUAAUGGCGGGUGGCGCAGCUGAAAAAGACGGGCGUAUAUUAAUUGGCGAUAGAGUUGUCGAGAUGGACGGCGUAUCGCUAGACGGUUUUACACGUCAACAAGCGACGGAACUAUUAAAGAACAGUGCGCCGACUGCUACAUUUGUGUUGGAGCGGUACAAACAGCCAGUCAGCAAAAGCGUGCGCAAAGCUCGGCCAACGCAUUCCUCACCAGCUCAACACCAAACUUCAUCCCCAACCACGACUCAACAGUUUGUGUUUCCUCUCUUUCAUGGCGUUGCGCCCUCUGUGCCGCCCCGACACCACGCUAAUGGUAUACCAUCUAGAGAAAGUGCUUUUAAACGUCUUGAACAACAACAAUUAAAAUUAGCCAACCAGUCGCCCCUGCAUCAAACUGGGCGAAGUGAUGGAAUGACUACAAUCCAGCAUGGUGCACCAGUGUCCGUUCAACAUAAUGUACAGGGAAGCCCGGUUUCGACUCGAAUACCGUCCAUGAUUCAAAGACAAUUCUCGUUAGAGAAAACAACCUCUCAGAACAGUUCCUCGCAUGAGCCACCAUACCAUGUUGGAAACGGGAUUCUACACCAACCAGUUAGUGAAACUGGUCCCCUCUCGCUGAUUGAAGGUCCCAUGAGAACUAUCAUGAAUAAUGAAGUUCACGAGGAUUCGCCACAAAAGUUUCUGCAACAUUUUUCCAAGUCUGUUGCUUCCAGCCAAGCUAAACCUGUACAGUCUCGGAUACCCAUGGGACCUGUUUCAUCGAUAAUAUUCGGGAAAAAUCGGGACAACCGUAAUGUUCACGAAAUACACGAUCUUCGCGAUAACGUGCGUGAUUCUAAUCGACAGUUCCGGGAAAAUGCUGGAUUAAUUUCCACAUAUCAAGAGUCUGUCCAACAAGAGGGAAGUUCGUUUGUUUCCAACGGCAACGUAACGUCAAACAACGUUGUUUGUUUACAACAUGGUAGACCAGACGUGCAGCAAAUUAAGCAGAUGUCGAUAACAACUAAUCCAAUGUUAGCAAACGAAGCCAAUGGAAGUAAUUACACGACAACUGAUAACUUCCAUCACACAACAAUCGAUGACCCUAAUUCGGAUGGUAGUGUGAGCGAUAAUCAGGAAUCCUCCUUUAACACUAAGACUUCUUCAGAAGCAAACCGUAAGCCGUCAACCGAAUACGGUGGAAUAGUGAAGGUUCAAACACGUGGAAUGUCGAGCGGCCAUCGAGGAGAAGCGAUGACUAUCGUGUCACCGACAACGAAUGAAACUUUUACCGUUCCGUCUAUAAGUGAGCAAAAUCUUAGCACGGUAGAUCAUAAUGGUCACGAAUCGAAAAAGAAACCUGCUGGACUCCAGUGGAUAAGUCUGAAUGACAAUGGGACUACUGAUAAUGAUUCUGGUAAUUUGACAUCCGUGUCACAUUCUCAUAGUAACAAGCGUAAACAAGGUGACUAUUCAGGGAUGGUUCAGCCUGUUCACAGCGACGAUCGUUAUAGCGAGAGUCCGACGCAUAUGAGAAAAGAUGUAAACAAUUCGUCCUCACACGCGCGGCACGAGAGUCUUACUCAUGUGAGAAGAGACACAAACUCCGCCCCAACACGCGCGGAACACGACAGUCCAACUUAUUCCGGAAGAGAUGUCAACUCUGCACCAGCACCCGCGCAACACGUUAACAAUCUUCACGAUCAAAUAUCUAGCGUGCCAUCGACUAACUCUAUUCCUGUUUCGUUAGCUUCUCGUUUUAACGCAGCGCCUAUAACAUCAAGCAACGCCAUACCAGUUCCUCUCGCCUCAAGAUUUAACAUAGCUCCAAACUCUUCGACAAAAGCUGGAGAAUAUAUAUACGAAGUGACUCUAUUUAAAGAUUCUAGAGGACUAGGUAUGAACCUUGCUGGAGGAGGCAGCCCUGAAAAUCCUGUUACCAUAAAAAAAAUAGCACCCGGUACAGCUGCUGACGAAUCCGGUCAACUCCGCGUUGGAGAUGUUAUACUAGAAAUCAAUGGAAAACCAGUGUCUCACUUAUCUUCUAAAGACGUGAUAACCAUUUUACGCGCAUGCCCGUCAGAAGUUCAAUUGCUGGCUAAAAGAUCGACGUUUGAUCAAACGUAUCCUAGUCAGUCCGCCUCCUUUCAUGUCGGGCUAUAGCUACGAGGUAAUCUUGAAUGUCGACCCGAAGUUCAGAGAACUGAAAUAUUAAUAACUGAGGGAAGCUGAAUAAUCGAGACUAGAGAUAUGUAUAUAAACAAUAUUUUUAAAUUUGGUGAAACAUACGGAUCGAGUGUAGUUAUAAACUGCUUGUAAUUCUGAAUUCCUCUUUUUUUAUAUAAUCCGUUUUUCCAGUUUGCCAUAUCAUUCAUCAUAAUAGUUUUUAUGAUUUUGUUAACAAAUCAGUCAUGUAAUGGAUCCUUGCUCUAACACUGUCGGAAUCUUAUCAUAUGCAAAAAUUUCUAAUUUAGGCGAAUGUAGAUUUGAAUCUUUAUCGUUCUUUUUGAAUGAAUUUUUAUUUUACAGAAAAAAAAUUAUAUUAUUUAUAUUUAACGGCCUAUUAUAAUAGCCUCGUUUUCAUUUAUUCUAUUCACGGCUGCAAUUUUUAGAGAACUAUUUUUGUUUUUUGUUGUUGUUUUUUAUUUUUUCAUUACGUUUUUUUAUUUAUUUUUUAUUUUAUUUGUGUUAAAGAAAUGGUCAAACAUAAAGGCA